AUGCUUAAUACAAAUAACCUGAACAUAGAUGAUAUGCGUGGACAAGGAUAUGAUGGGGCAGCAAAUAUAAGUGGAAUAUACAAUGGAUUACAGUCCAGACUCCAAAGACAGAACCCAAGGCGCUCUAUGUUCACUGCCAUGCCACACAACCAAAAUCUAGUAUUAGUCGAAAGUGCAAAAUCAAGUACUCAGUUUGUAACUUUUUUCAGUUUGGUGGAGAAACUGUAUGCUUUUAUUGCUAACUCAUCAAAACGGCAUGCUGCUUUCAUGGAGAUCCAGAAAGCAAUGUAUCCAGAAGACCGCCCACUUGAACUUAAGAAGCUAUCAGAACACAAGAUGGGCUUGCAGAGAAAUUGUGGAUGGAGUGCUACAAAGUUUGAGAGAAUUAGAAAUGAUGAGAAGUUUCUGGAGAUUAUUACAAAUGUUAAAGAGAGAGCUGAAUCCAUGGCCAUCAACCUCCCCUCUGGGAUUCCUGGACAAGGUAGAAGAAGAAAAAUGCCGGAAAGAUACAAGUAUAGUGCUACAUCUGCUACUGAGGACCAGGAAUAUCAGUCCUUGGAUGAGUACUACCGUGUGAGAGUAUUUUAUGUGUUUUUAGAUACAAUAUUACAAGAGCUACAAAGAAAGAAUUUAAAGGUGGAGACAACACAACAUGGGUAUCCUAAAUGCCUUUCAUUGUAUGACAGUCCAAGAUAA